AUGACAUUUGCUCCUCCCUUAGAAUUCGAGAUUGACCUUCCUAACGGAUUGAAGUACACUCAACCAUUGGGACUCUUCAUCAACAAUGAGUUUGUUGAAGGUGUAGAGGGAAAGCUCUUACCAGUGAUCAAUCCUUGUGAUGAGACUAAAAUAACCCAAGUUUGGGAAGCUUCUGCAGCGGAUGUUGACCGUGCUGUUGAUGCCGCUGAAGAUGCUUUCAACAACUCCGUAUGGGCUACUCAGGACCCAUUAGAGAGGGGAAAGCUGAUGAACAAAUUGGCAGACCUUAUCGAUCGUGACUUCAACAUCUUGGCUGGUAUCGAAUCCAUCGACAAUGGUAAGGCCUAUACCUCUGCCCAGGGUGAUGUUACUCUUGCUGUCAACUACAUCAGAUCCUGUGCUGGAUGGGCCGACAAGAUUUUGGGAAACGUUGUUGAUUCCGGAAACACCCACCUUAACUUGGUUAAAAGAGAGCCAUUGGGUGUUGUGGGACAAAUUAUCCCAUGGAACUUUCCUCUCCUGAUGUUGGCUUGGAAGUUGGGACCUGCGCUGGCCACAGGUAACACUGUUGUUUUGAAGACUGCCGAGUCUACCCCUCUGUCGGGUUUAUACGUUGCCAAAUUGAUCAAGGAGGCCGGUUUCCCACCUGGUGUGGUUAACAUUCUCAGUGGUUUCGGUAACCCAGCUGGAGCUGCCAUCGCUGCUCAUCCCAGAAUCAAGAAGAUUGCUUUCACCGGAUCCACUGCAACAGGCCGUAAGAUCAUGGAAGCAGCCGCUAAAUCUAACCUGAAAAAAGUCACUUUGGAACUAGGUGGUAAAUCUCCAAACAUUGUGUUUGAAGAUGCUGAUAUCCAGAAGACUAUCCAUAACAUUAUUUUGGGAAUCUUCUUCAAUUCUGGUGAAGUCUGUUGUGCAGGUUCCAGAGUCUACAUUCAAGACACUGUGUAUGAAGAAGUGCUUGAAGCCUUCAAGAAGGAGACUGAUAACGUUAAGGUUGGUGGACCAUUCGAAGAAGGUGUCUUCCAAGGGCCUCAGACCUCUGAGUUGCAACUUAACAGAAUCCUUAGUUACAUCAAACACGGUAAGGAUGAAGGUGCUCGUGUAAUUACCGGUGGUUCAAGAUACCGUAACCGAGGUUACUACAUUAAGCCCACAAUUUUUGCUGACGUUACUGAAGACAUGAAGAUUGUCAAGGAGGAGAUUUUUGGUCCUGUGGUUACUAUCACUAAGUUCUCUACCGUGGAUGAGGUUGUUGGAUAUGCCAACAACACCAACUAUGGUCUAGCUGCUGGUAUUCACACAAACAACUUGAACAAAGCCAUUGAUGUUGCCAGUAGAAUCAAGGCGGGUGUCGUUUGGAUUAACACCUACAACGAUUUCCACCACAUGGUUCCUUUCGGAGGUUAUGGAGAAUCUGGUAUUGGCAGAGAGCUUGGUGCUGAGGCUUUGGAUAACUACACUCAAGCCAAGGCUAUCAGAAUUGCUUACACUCCUGAACAUAAGUAG